AUGAAGAUCAACGCCAAACUUCGAGGUGUUGCACUCGUCAGCGCUCCGUUCAUGAUUAUGGGGAUCUGCACAGGUACGGGUAACCCGCACGGGUCACGGGUACGGGUACUACUGGGCUAUACCCGUGCCUUCCAUAAACGCGAUACUUCCCGCGUGCACGCUACAACCGGCACCACCACCAAGCACUCACCUGCUAACACGCCACCACCACCAUCCUCGCGUUCGGCAGCACUCGCUGCACCCCCCAUGCCAAUUCUUCCGGCACCUGUUCUAACGCCAGUAAGCACAUCAAUGGACGCCCUCAGCCAGCAACCACCACCACCAUUCACACGUUCCUCGAUGCCGGCACCACCACCACCAUCGCUAGCAGCUCCCUUCCCACAGCAACAACCACCUCCAUCCAGGACGCCACCAGCAGCUCCCACCUCGUGCUACCAACCGCCAGCAUCGAGCGUCUGCGCCCAGAGCACGCCAGCAAAUGCUGGCGUGGCUCGGACACAUAUGGAGGAUACGAGGACGAGGAAAGAAGGGAAAGAGAAGGAAGUGAGAAGGAAAAGAGGAGGAACGAGAGGAGGAAGGAAGGAUCUUGUCAGAUGCGACGCCCGACACGUCACACUCUCGCGCCACCACACCACCAUCUCCCAUUUCGACACGCUCACCUUCGACUUUGAUUGUACGCGACACACCACCUGCCACGACAUCAGCAUCUAUUUUGACGUGUCCGUCAUUCACGCUGUGCCUCCACUCCUCCUUGUGCCAUCCACAUAUGUUCAAGUCACGUCAGCAUUCACUGACGUGUGCUGGACAUAUGUGCUAAGCACUGGCGGUGAUACCUAUGGUACCCACGGGUAA